UCGGCCGCAAGCCGCCAGCCCGACCAUGGCAUACCUAUAAGCGCCUAUUGUGGAAUCUUUCACCGACGCGCGUUUCUGUACCUCGAGGCGGCGAGAUACGUCUUGAGCAAGACAGCAAGCUGUUCCUUGAGGCUAGAAAUUUUUUUGCACCUUUCUGCUAUUGUGCACAUCUCAUUACUGACUGCUGAUCGCGAAGGAUGUUUUUCUACAUUUCUUUUCUCAGGCCACCGCCGUACCAGAUCGCACUGGGCGUGCCUGUAGCGAUUACUCCCCAGGUCGCGAACGACCUGCGCACGGAGCUAUUCUCUGAGCCGCAAGAAAUAUACUACAGCUGGCUUCCCGUGGCUCCGGCGGGCGGUGUCCCACAGCACCCCACAAACAUCCCGAGACCUGUCAAACUCACCACCUGGCGGGAAGCCAAUGCUUACCGCGAAAUAUCCGUGCCUCCACCGCAGGGCGCACGCGAAGACCAGACGUACCGCCUGGUUCUGACUGUACACAGCCAGAGGUAUCCGUAUAUUGUCAACCUUGCCUCGGCUACCACCGGCGACAGGCCGUUCCCUGUGCUCUCCAUGCCUAUAACCUUCAGCUCGCGGCGCGCUGGCGGUGGUCCGACGAAGCAGGACCGUGUGGAGCGUAUCUACCGUCUCUGCACCGACACGGGCGAACAAGCUUUCUUGUCGAUCCAGGAACAGACCUCGUUCGACUUGGAGAAGAAAGUCUGGGAUAGCGGUAUAGGUCUCAGCUCUUGGGUUACCAAUCUCAUCCAAGGAGCACUCGACACAAGCACCACUCCGCUUAUAUCGGAGCUUCGGACUACUUUGACCGCACAAGAAUGCCAACUCAUAGAGCUGGGUGCGGGUACAGGAGCUGUGUCACUGGUCAUCGGUGCUCUCCGCUCUGCUCAACAGGGUUCCAUACUCCAAGGCUGUAUCCUUACCACCGACCUCACUUCAGCGAUGCCACUGCUGGAAGACAACAUUUCAGCUAACAAGGCUAUGUUCUGCUCCGCGUCUGCGACUCCACAACCCAUUGUGCUCGACUGGGACGAACAAAGCCUGCCUUCCAGGGUAACAGAGAUAGGCUCGAGUUUUGAUGUGAUAGUCAUGGCAGACGUCACCUACAACACGGCGUCCUUUCCUUCGCUAAUACGUACGCUGCGGGCACUACUCGAGCUUGGCGAUCCCGACGUAAACGAUAAAUCCCCGUUGGUGCUAUUAGGCUACAAAGAACGCGAUCCCGCCGAGCGCACGCUUUGGGAUCUCGCGGCGGACAUGGGAGUCAUGUUCGAGAUGGUCGGCGAACGCGGUGGUGCAGGUGGAAAUCCUGUUGAGGUCUGGCUGGCACGCACCCAUCGCGGGCUGUCGAAACGUCGGGGUGAGCACUAA